AUGAAUGGAAACAAGAAAGAGAAGCGGCAGCAACACCAAAGAAUCAAUGUUAACAAGUCAAUUGCAGAGGACUUCCCGAUUCACCGCAGAGAUUCCUGUACUGGUUCCGGCAACAUGCUUGCGAUCCCAAUGCAGAAGGGGAGUCAAGGGUCAAAAUUGGAGAAAGGUGUUCUUGUGUCAUUCAAUCGCCUCGGAAGUGGAGUACUCUGA